AUGAAGGCUCUAAUUUGGCGUUACCAUGUUUUGUGUUUGGUUUGGUACUGCUGUGCUAUGCCUCAAAUGCAGAAGCAGAUAAUGAGUUCAAGCUCAUUGAUUAUAGGCUUACCAUCAAUGGAAAACUUCAUUGACAUACCAUGGCUAGUGUCUAUGCCUGGGUAUUGCCAGGGUAUUGUCCUGACUCCAUGGCUGAUUCUUUCUACAGCUAACUGUCUGAAGAAAUCGAAACUGUCACAGCUGGACAUUUCAGGAGUGAAUGACCCAGAAAGCAUACCACAUGGCCAAAAAGUCUGUCUCCACCCCAAAUUCGAUCCCAAAGAUGGAAAUGAUCCUGUCAGAGGAGACAUUGGCCUGGUCAUUCUUGAAGAACCUCUAUAUGGGGAUGAUAUACCACUAUCUCAGGCUCAAAAUAUAUCCUUGAAGAGUUGUUCCAGGUGCCAAUACAGAAGCUGUGAUGUGUACGAAUAUCAAAGUAGCAAGAAACUGGGAACAACCAGAGUGAAAAAAAUAUCUGUGGAGCUGCUGGAUUUUGCAACAUGCCAUCAUCAACGUUCCUACCUGGAAAAGACUGAAGGCUUAUGUAUUCAGAGUCAACCACAAGAGGACUGCUGGAUACAGCGAUCCAGUCCUGUCCUAUGCCUCCUAAAGAACCACUGGGAACUGGUGGGUCUCGUACAUAAGACUUCAAGGAUAUGUCACAAUCCCACGGUCAUCAUUAGAACAGCCCCUUACGUUAACUGGAUGAAACGAUUCAUCAAGGUAUCCAAGAAACUGCUGAAUCCUACUUCAUCCUUAGAAUGCAGGACAUUACGUGACAAUGAGUAUGUUCCCCAAAUCAAGCAUGGCCAUAGUUACCUACCUACCCUGGCCACACCUAAUCCCUCCAUACAAUUUUUGCAAGAAGGCUCAAACAUUUCUCCACUAAUCAAACACAUCAAAAAAUUUCCAGCAGUCCUUAAUUUUAGUCAUUUACCUCCUUUCACUGCCGAUCACAAAAUAUUCCUUGAUAAAAGCCAUACCCCACAAGCUGGCAAGUUUCUCGUUGAACAAAUGAAGGUAUCACCUAUUUCUGGACUUCCAGAAACUCCUGAACAGAAUCCAGUUCCAUAUCAUCAGGAUAUGGAAACUAAAACCAAUAACUUAACCCCUAAAUCUUCAUUAGCUCAAGUUCUUUCUGACACAGCCAUGUCAUAUACGCCCCCUAAGGCUAAUUCAGCUAAACCUUGGCAUUUUGCAGUGGGUAAUAGAGAUGAGUCCCUUGGUAAUAUCAUGCCUGACUUAAUUAAACAAUGGCGUUCACAUGUGGACAAUGUAGUGGACCAGCAGGAGAUUUCCCAGGAGCCUUAA